UUUUUGUGUUCUAAAACUAAAAUUUGGCAAAUAUAUUUUGACAAGUGAAGAUAUUCAAAAACACAAGGAACAACAAAACAAAUGGCCAUAUCUAUGCUACAGGACGCACAGACACGAAGCCUUGCUGCUGCCUUAGCUGGCAUUAAACGGGAAGAGGUCGUUGUCGAUCGCUCCAUGUCAUUGUCGCCACCCAUGUCAGCAAAUACCUCGGCCAGCAGUGCCGCCAUGUACCCGGCCAUGGGUCUGCAACAGGCCGCCGCUGCCUCGGCGUUCGGAAUUCUAUCACCCACACAAUUGUUGGCCGCCAAUCGUCAGGCGGCUGCUUUUAUGGCCCAACUGCCCAUGAGCACACUGGCCACCACAUUGUUUCCCCACAAUCCCGCUGCACUCUUCGGGGCCUGGGCGGCCCAGCAGCAACAGCAACAGACAACACAAGGAACACACCUGCACUCACCGCCAGCGAGUCCGCAUUCGCCUGUGUCGAUGUCUGGAUCUUCGGUUACUGGUAAACAUUUACUCACAUCGCCCAGCAGCACUCCCCAGCAUCCGGAACCGGUGAAGAAGGCACGCAAAUUGUCGGUAAAAAAGGAAUUCCAGACGGAAAUCAGCAUGAGUGUCAAUGAUUUGUAUCAUACGCCUGGAGGACCCAUUUCCCCACCAUCCAGCGGCAGUUCACCCAAUUCCACACAUGAGGGCACCGCCACUGGUGGAUCUGCUGCGUCAAAGGAUCCCUCCCGGGACAAGAGCUUCACCUGCAAAAUCUGCUCCCGCAGCUUUGGCUACAAACAUGUCCUGCAAAACCAUGAACGCACCCACACCGGCGAGAAGCCCUUCGAGUGCCCCGAAUGCCAUAAGCGUUUCACCCGGGAUCAUCAUCUGAAGACACACAUGCGUUUGCAUACGGGCGAGAAGCCGUAUCAUUGCUCCCACUGCGAUCGCCAGUUCGUCCAGGUGGCCAAUCUGCGCCGUCACUUGCGUGUCCACACCGGCGAACGUCCCUACACCUGCGAGAUUUGCGAUGGCAAGUUCAGCGACUCCAAUCAACUGAAGUCCCACAUGUUGGUGCACAAUGGUGAGAAGCCCUUCGAGUGCGAACGUUGCCACAUGAAGUUCCGCCGGCGUCAUCAUCUCAUGAAUCACAAAUGCGGCAUCCAAUCGCCACCGACACCAGCCCUCUCGCCGGCCAUGAGCGGAGACUAUCCUCUGGUGGCUCCCACUGCCUCAACAUUGGAUUCGCAUGCUGCUAGCAAAUUUGCCGCCAUGUGCUCCAGCUAUGGCGGUUCUGAGGAAUCCGUUGAUUUGGUCAAGAGUCCAGGCAGCGGCAUGGCCAUGGAGGAGGAUGCUCCAUUGGAUUUGUCCGAAGAUGGUGCCAGCUCUGUGGAUGGUCACUGCUCUAGCAGCUCGGCACGCCGCAAGGCUCAAGAUAUACGUCGAGUAUUCCGACUGCCGCCUCCCCAGAUCUUGCAUGUGCCCAGCGAUAUGCCAGAGCAGACCGAACCCGAGGAUCUGAGCAUGCAUUCACCACGCUCCGCCGCCUCCCAUGAACAGGAGCAAAACGAGGACAUUGAUCUGGAUGAGCUCGAUGAUGCAGCUGCUCUAUAUAUGCGUCAUUAGAACAAAAAAGUGUUCAGUAAAUAAGAUUGUAUAUAGUGUUUCCCCUCACCCACACACUUGGUAGCUCCCCCCUCUCUCUCCCUCUCCCUCUUCCUCUCUCUCUUGAAGUGUGGUCAGCAUUCAUCAGAUGAAGCUGUGGCCGUAUCUUGAUACAAAAUUGAAAAUUUUGAUGAAUUUUUGUCGGAACAGGAAUUUAAUGCUAAGUACAAGUAAUAACUCUAAAAACAAAAAAAAAAACUACAAGAAAAAACUUAAGAAAAUUGUACAAAAAAAAAUACAUUGCUUAAAAAUUUUGCUUAAUGCCAUAAGAUGAAUCCAAAAAAACAAAUCAAAAACAAAAACAAAAACCAAAAUCCCAGCUAAAUUGUGUGCCAUUUUGUUUAGUCAAAGAAAUUGUAUAUAGCAAACAAUUGUAAUUAUAUAUAGGUAAAAACCACAUAUACAUAUAUAUAUAUAGCAAAAGCGAAUCCAAAUCAAAGUCCCCCCUCCUCCACUUAAUUAUAAUUUCUUAGUAUAAAUUCAUUUAAUUAAUUUCUAAUUUUAAUUCUCAAAGAAAAAAACACACGCCAAUGCCAAUAACAAAUACAGAAAAUCAAAAUUAACUUUAAGUUAUUACAGCAACA